AUGUCUAAUUUAGUAAAUUAUUUACAAACGGAAUUAAGCAAUCGACACGCUACUUUCGUUUCACAAGCUGUUCUAUCUUUCAAUAAACAUCACGAUCGCGUCCUUCAAUCCUACAUUAUAGAAGGCCAAGCCAAGGAAACAAUUCUUCAGCACUACCAGAACAAUCAAUCCAAACUUCAGAGUAUUCAGAAGUUGUAUCAAGACGCGUCGAAAACGCUUUCCCUGCUACUUUCCGAGUACGAGCAGGUUUCUACCAAAAUACAAGAAAUUGAUACUGAAGAAGAGAAACUUUCACAAGAAAAUUGCACCGUCCUUGAUCUUCAAGAACGCGUAGAUUGCUUUCAAGUUUCGGUAAGAAACCAUUGUAAAGCAUCUCAAGAGAAGCUCAAGCGUGCUAUGGAAAAACUCAAAUCCUCUGAAAAUUCCGCUCAGAAAGCCUUGCUCGAAAACCUCUAA